AUGAUUGAAGGUUCAAAUGACAGAAUAUUAAUAAAUAAUAACUUCAAAAGCAUAAUUCAUGUAAGUGUUGAAGCUUCUUUGUUCGAAACUGGAAAAUGUUUUAAUUAUACUGUGAAAUCUGAGAGUGAAACUGACAUUGACAACUUAAAUGCUGACCGUGAAUCUGACCAAGAACAAGAGAAUGAAAUUGUGGAAGAACACGAAAGUAAAGAUGAAAAGAAUUUUUCUGUAAAGACGAUUGAAGAAAUUGAUGACGAUUCUAAAACUGACAAUGACGAUCAAGCUGAUGUGGGUAGUCGUGAGAAAGAAUUUUUGGAAAAACUUUCAAAUUGA